GUAAAAUACUAGGGUUUUUGCGGAUAUAUAAAUGCGCUAAUUGCCUUCUUCACACAUUCUGCUGAGCAUUUGGUAGUCGUCGUCUCUUCUGAUUGAUUGUUAAAUUAGGUAUUUGAGUUAAGUGUUUUCGGGGAACGAAACAAUCUUCCAAGAUGCAGAACGACGAGGGUCAGAACAUGGAUCUUUAUAUCCCAAGGAAAUGCUCUGCCACAAACAGGCUAAUCACUUCCAAAGAUCAUGCUUCUGUUCAGAUCAACAUUGGUCACUUAGAUGCCAAUGGUAACUACACCGGUCAAUUUACCACUUUUGCUCUCUGUGGUUUCGUCCGAGCCCAGGGUGACGCUGACAGUGCCCUUGACAGGCUUUGGCUGAAGAAGAAGGUUGAACUUCGCCAACAAUAGAUUUAGUUGGAGUAUGUUAUUUUUCUUUGGACAAUGUUUGUCAAAUGAGAGAAUGUUAACAUUUUGAUACCUCAGUUGCUGCUUUGGUUGCUUUAGUUAUUUGUUAGCGAGGACAUAUUAAUAUCUAGUACUUGCAUGAUUACUUUAAUAUUGCAUUUUAAGUUUUAAAGCUGUCUCGAUAAUUUGAUAUGCUAUA